UUUUUUUUUGUUUUUUCUUUUUUAUUUAGCUUCUUUUUCAUAAACAAUAAUGGUAAAAGAAAUAGAUCCAAGUCUUAAUGAAGUCAAUUUCCUCUUAGAGGCCCUUAGAGAAGGACGACGUGUAGAUGGUCGUGAAGUGUAUGACAUGCGAUCUCUUGAAAUUACAUUAGGCACUGAUUAUGGACAUGUUGAAGUUCAAUUAGGCAGAACACGAGUAGCAGCUAAUGUGUCGGCAGAAGUUGUUCGACCUUAUCCUGAUAAGCCUACAGAGGGUCAGUUAAUCUUCAACACAGAAAUUUCGCCUAUGGCUGCACCCUUUUUUGAAGUUGGAUCACGUUCAGAGGAUGAAGUAUUGAUUAGUCGUCUUAUUGAAAAGUCUUUACGUAGAAGUAGAGCUAUUGAUACAGAAGGUCUUUGUAUCGUUGCAGGUGAAAAAGUUUGGCAGAUUCGUGUAGAUUUACUCUUUUUGGAUCAUGAUGGUAAUUUGGUAGAUUGUGCUUCUAUUGCAGCUAUUACAGCUUUAUUACAUUUCAGACGUCCUGAUGUUACUGUAUCAGGUGAAGAAGUGACGAUUCAUCCAAUUGAUCAAAGAAAUCCUGUACCUCUAAGUAUUCAUCAUAUACCAAUUUGUAUUACAUUCGCAUUUUUCGAUAAAGGAGAACGAUUAGUUGUAGAUCCUAAUUAUUUAGAAAAUCAAGCUAAAGAAGGAGAUAUGACGAUUACAAUGAAUAUUCAUAGGGAAAUUUGUUGCCUAUCAAAAGCAGGUGGUAUACCCUUAGAAAUGGAUCAAGUAUUAAGAUGCUCUCAAAUUGCUAUUAUUAAAGUGAAUGAAAUUGAUGAAUUAAUCAAGAAGGUCUUGGAAGAAGAUAAAGAAAAAAGACAAAAAUCUAGUAAAUAACAAUAAGUCUAUUAUGUAAUAAAUUAUCAUUUCCCACGGUUCUCUCGCUUUU